UGUAUACAAGUGAAUGAGAUUACAAUGGUCCAUGGCGAGGGAAGAGUAAUAUCUUUCGAUGCAAACUCUAUGUUGUUGUAUUUUUUUCCUUAUAUUCGCUUAUAGAAGCUAAAAUAAGAAUGCUUUAAGAGAUAGUAAACUAAAGUACACUACGGACCUGCAUUUAUACACGUUUCAGCUGUGAGCGAAUCUUUGUCUGAUCCCUCUACCGAGAGGAAUGUUAAUUUAUGUUUAGGAAAUAUAGAAGGUAGAAGAUGGCAAAAUCAAAAUGGGAAACUUUAGAAAAUGACCAAUUUGCCUCUGAAAAUCAAAAGUCAGAGCAUGAAUGGAAAAAGAAACGCAAGCUUGAAAGAAAACGGAAACGUGAAUUACUAGAAGAGGAAGCAACUAAAAAAGACAAAAAUAUAUUCUCGUACAGGUCGUAUUUAUCAGCAACUGUCCCGCGAUUGGGGUCUUGUGACAAUAUUCAGGAUUAUGAAAUUCUUAACAAAAUUGAAGAAGGAUCCUACGGAAUUGUCUAUUGUGCAAAGGAGAAGUCGACAGAAAAAUUAGUUGCAUUGAAGAAAAUCAAAUUUAAUCCUAAUGGGUUUGGUUUUCCUAUCACGAGUCUAAGGGAAAUUCAUUCAUUAUCCACUGUUCGACAUGACCAUGUUAUGGAACUGAAGAAAGUUGUGGUUGGUGAUGACUUACAAGACAUAUAUUUAGUUAUGGAGUUUAUGGAACAUGAUUUAAAGUUUCUUCUGGAUGACAUGCCGGAGGAUUUUCUUAUAUCUGAAGUAAAAACGUUAAUGCUUCAGUUGUUGUCAUCUACCGCAACCAUCCAUUAUCAUUGGUAUCUUCAUCGAGACCUAAAGCCGUCAAAUUUAUUAAUGAAUAACACAGGAGAGAUCAAGGUUGCGGAUUUUGGUUUAGCUCGUCCUACGUCCGAACCAAAACCAAAGUUGACUCGCGUUGUCGUUACCCUUUGGUAUCGAGCUCCAGAGCUUUUAUUAGGGACACCAAGUUAUGGAAGGGAAAUCGACAUGUGGAGCAUAGGAUGUAUUUUCGCAGAAAUGCUAAAUCGUACUCCGCUUUUUCCUGGAAAGAAUGAGCUGGAUCAGUUGCAUAAAAUUUUUAAUGUUUUAGGGUAUCCUGAUGAAGAGCAAUGGCCUCAAUAUCGACUAUUACCUCAUGCAAAUAAAAUAAAGCUCCCAACGGUAAAAACAAAGCCUAGGUUACGCGAUGUUGUUAGAAACUUAACAGCUAACGGUUAUGAUUUGAUGGAGCGCCUUCUUUCUCUGGAUCCAGCGAAGCGAAUUUCUGCGAAAGAAGCACUCCAACAUCCCUUUUUCUACGAAUCCCCUCGACCAAAAGAUCCAAGGUUUUUCCCUACCUUUCCAAGUAAAGCCAAAGGUGAAAUACGCGGUGGAAACUUUUUGUCUGCCAAUACCACGCAAGACCCUGUAAAGUAAUUGAGUUUAUUUUUGUCAGUUUCUACUUAGAACAUCUAGCGAAAGAAAAAACUAUAUAUAUAUUGCUUGGAAUGAUACCAAUGUUUGAUUAGUUGAAAAGAUAAACAGUGAUUGUCUUUGUUCAGUACAGGCCUAAUAUUUAUUUCAAGAAGCUUUAUAAAAAUGUUUGACUAAAUGCUGAGUAAACAAUUGACGGUUUGCCUACUCUCUUGUUCAAAAUUUUCAU